AUGUUCGACCAUCCCCUCUCGACUAUCAACACCCGAGUAUGCAAAUACUCGCCUCAUUACAAUCGAGUUUUCGAUAAUCUUGUUCUAAUGAUUGUGUCUACGAUGCGCGACAAAACUACGUCGAACAUCAAAUGGAUUAUUCUCGUUCGAUGGUUCAUCAAGUUCGUUAUGCUCGGAGCGCUCUUCGGGAUCUUCAUUUCUUGGAUGAUCGAUCGACUAAACUUCCUAACUCUUCGAAAGAAUCCCGUUGAUAUCAACCUCAAUGCCUCCCGAGAUUUAAAUCGAUCUUCGAAAGACUUCUACUUUCCAAGUAGUUCUUUCGAAUCGUAUUUGGAAUUUCCUCGAGAAACGGCGAUGAAGAAAGAUUUAAAUUCAUCGACGGCGUGGAUUUCCUCCGAGCUUGAGGCGAAUUAUUCAUCCGCUAUUGUUGAUAAGUGGUUAGCUUCGCGCAACAAAAGUUGUAAGUUUUUUAAAACGGUCGAUAUCGAAGUUCCCGGUCUUGACGGUAUUAAAAAAAUUGAGCUAUCGAGCGGCGACAUCCAUGGCUUCGUUUUCCGAGCAAUCGACGAGUCGGGCGAACCCAUUUGUUCUGGAGGCGAUUAUUUCGAAACUGAUCUUUCGGGUGAAAUAUGGAAGGCUCGACCUCCGAUUAACGACACCGGCAACGGAACAUACACGUUUUCGCUUCAAGUUCAUCCCGAUUUUCCCGGCGAAUAUAACUUGACGAUAAUCUUAUUGUUCGGGAAUUGGGAAGGGUUCAAGCCGUCGCCUGAGAAAUUAUCCAUGGACAAAGUUCUUCGGGUUUUUCGAAUCAAAUUCCAUGAGUCCGCAUCCGAGCCACCGUCUUUAAGACAAUGUUGUAAGUUCGACUACCGGAAGGACAUUUGGUCCGGUCGAUGGACUCGUCUUGCAAGAAACGAUACGUGCUCGAUUAGUGACGACGGUAGAUAUCGAUGCCACGAGCCAAGCUUUCCUUGCCGGAAUCCAUGGUGUGACGGUCGAUUAGGCGCGUUGGAAAGCAACGGGUGGGUCUAUUCGGCGCAUUGUUCGUUCAAGAUUUUCUCCGGCGACGAGGCGUGGAGGUGUUUAAAAAACCGGUGGAUUUUUUGGUGGGGAGAUUCGAACCAUUGCGACACGAUCCGGAACAUCCUCCACUUCAUUCUCGGCAUAUCGGAUAUGAACGUUGUGCCUCGAAUGUUCGAUCGAACCGUCGCGAAUCCAAAGAACCCCUUCGAGACGGUGCGAUUCACGAGCGUUUUCAACGGGCAUCCUAACUUGACGGGGAAUUAUCAUGGGUUGAAUUCGUUGACGGACGUGAAGUAUCGACGGUUGCUCAAGGGGUUCUUUUCGGGCCUCAUUGUCCCCGACAUGGUCAUUAUGAACUCGGGCUUGCACGACGGGUACUAUUGGCCUAACAUUACGAGUUACGUCAAAGGAUCUGACUACGCUGCUGCAUUUUGGGCCGAAGUAUUGAAAAGUGUCGAGGGGCGAGGGGUGGCCCGGCCCGAAGUUGUGUAUAGGACGACUGUGGCUACAGCGGGCCCAGCCCGAAGACUCGGAUACAAUCCUCAGAAAAUGGAGGCUUUUAGUGGGAUACUGAUGGACAAACUGAAGCGACAUGGGAUUGUAGAUAGAAUUGUGGACGGGUUCGACAUGACGUUCCCGUGGCACUACGACAACCGGUGCAACGAUGGCAUUCACUACGGUCGCGCGCCGUGGAAGAUGAGAUGGAAGGAUGGCAAAAUUGGGCAUCAAUAUUUCGUCGAUCUUAUGUUGUGUCAUGUGUUGCUUAACGUAAUGUGCCUCAAAUGA